UGGGUGUGUCCAAGAUAACAACUGGCCAUUCAGCACAUCCAAGUGUAUCUUGGAGACGAGUCUUGACGCCCGUGAUUCACACAACUUGGACAGAGCAUUGCAUGUAGCCGAAGUGCCUUUCAGUCGAGAAACCAGCUUGAACUUCCUAUGGACAUGUUGGCCCGAUACUGGACAGUGUGGACAACUGCUCUGUACAUCUGUAUAGCCACUGACAGGGGCAUAACUGAGGCAAGAUGUAAUGUGCAUGAAUUCCAACUUUUAGAUGCCGACUAUCAAGGGAAGAAGAUUGACAAAACGAUAAGACGACGUGGCACUGCGACGAGUCUGCUGAAGUGUUUGUCGUUCUGUAACAAAGACAUUGUGAGUACGCCAUUCUACAACCAGGACACCCAAGACUGUAUCUGUCCCUUGUCUCGCCCCAGAGACUGGCUGCUGGUCUCUGGACCCGGAUAUGUGUUUUACGACACCCCAGGCCUGAUUGACGUGCAGUUACAAGAGGCGAUCAACGCUUCAUCAGAAGCGGAUGGGUAUCCAGCACAGAAUGUCGUUGGCGGGCAUGCUUCUCCCUGGAAGCCAAGGUCGGAUGAUGCAGCCCCGUGGAUUGAGGCAGGGAUACGUCAGUUUCUUUACUUUGAAGAGAUUCGAAUAAACCCCUCCUUUCCUACUCUCACGAAUGGCAUCUGGUUCCGGGAUUCCAACAUGAAGUGGAUAAAAACAUGGACGAAGAACGACGCGGCAUCUCCUACGCCCAGUUGGUUCAUUCCACAUUGUCAAGUGCUGAGCGUUCCCACAGACGCACUCAGAAUAACUAUGGACCAAAGCAGCAGUUUUGAAAUUAGGUUCAUACGUGUGGCUGGUCGUAAGUAAAUUCCUAUGAUAAGAAUAGGGUGGGUCAUAUAGGUAAAUGUGAA